AUGGAAGGUGAAAAUAAAAGUAACAUUGGAGGAGAGAAGAAAAAAAAAUAUGUAUUAGAUUCGAAUAGUUUAAUUAAAUUUAAAGAUUUUUUGUUUAUGAAUUAUGAUUAUUAUAUAACUGAAGGAGUAAUAAAAGAAAUUAAAGAUGAAGCAUCACGAAAUAAAUUAAAUACUAUACUUCCCUUAUUAAAAAUAGCAAGAGCUGAACAAAAUGAUAUAAAUUUUAUAAAACAUUUUUCAAAAUUAACUGGUGAUUAUGAUUCAUUAAGUGAAGUAGAUAUAGAAGUUAUUGCAUUGACAUAUAAUUUACAUCGAAGGUUUGGCGAUGUUUCAAAAUUAAAUGCUAGUCCGAUGGAAACUAUUUACAAAUAUGAUGAUGUACAAUAUGACUACUCAAAUAUGAACUAUAAAAAAAAGCAAAGCAGCAAAACGGGCACCUUUGAAAAAAGGGAAGAUGGGGAGUGGGAGGUGAAUGAUGAAAAGGAGGAAGUAGAAAAGGAGGAAGAGAAGGAAGAGAAUGAUGGAAAGGAUGAAGUAGAAAAGGAGGAAGAGAAGGAAGAGAAUGAUGGAAAGGAUGAAGUAGAAAAGGAGGAAGAAGAGGAAGAAGAGGAGGAAGAGAAGGAAGAGGAGGAGGAGGAUGAAAAAGGUGAUGCUAAUGAGGCAGAGAAAGAAGACGAGGAUGAUGAAAAAGGUGAUGCUAAUGAGACAGAGGAAGAAGAUUCGGAAGGAGAAGAGGAGGAAAAUAAAAAGAUCUUCGGAUUAGAGACAAUAAAAGAGGAAGUGGUGGAAGUGGAGGAAGACAAGGAUGAUGACGAUGGGGGUAAAUGGAUUAAUGCAAAUAAUUUUGAUAUAUUUAAUUUGAAUGUAGAUAAAAAUAAAAAAUUUGAAAGUGAUAUAGGAUGUGUGACAACAGAUUAUGCUAUGCAAAAUGUACUAUAUCAAGUUGGAUUAAAUGCAAUAACUAUUGAUGGAUAUCAAAUAAGUUCAAUAAAAUUAUGGGGAUAUAUAUGUACAUCAUGUUAUUUUUUUAUGAGAAAAAAUUCAUUAUUAUUUUGUUCGAAAUGUGGUAAUAAUAGUUUAAGAAAAGUGAAUGUAAUUGUAGAUAAUGAAUUAAAAAAGUUAGUUGUAAAAAUUCCAAAUUUUAAAGUAAAUUGUAAAAAUACAAUAUUUAGUAUUCCUAAAAAAAAAAAUAAAAAUAAAUCCAAAAAUAAAUAUGAAGAUAAACUUCAGAUAUUUAGAGAAGAUGAAUUAUUAAUAGGAGGAAGAAAACAAUACUUAAGUUAUCAAAAAAAAUUAUAUGAGAAUCAAAAAAAUAUUAAAGAUCCUUUUAAUGAUGAAAAUAUGGGGGACUAUAUAAAUGAUUGGACAUAUAGAACAACCUUGAAAAAUGGUAAAAUAGCUAUCCUUAAAAAUCCAAAAAUUGUUGUAGGAGGUAAACGAAAUAUUCACCAUAAGAGGAAGUAA